AUGAGUGGAUCGCCAGAUGAGCAAGAAACGCUCGACAAGCUCGAUACCGAACUUGAGCUCAUCGAGGCGUCUUUGCUCCCGGUCGAAUCGCUCUCGUCUUCCGCUCGGGAUAGUCUACCUCGGACGAUCGAUAUGUCGAGCACUGACAGCCAGCUACGUAUAUCGAUCAAUGUCUCUCAAGGAUACCCUGGUCGGGAUGCGGUAGUGAUGGAAAUCAAGGGAGCGGAUAUAGGGAGAGAUGAGGCGGAAGAGUGGAAGACGAAAGUCGAGGGGAUGAUGCAGGAAUGGGACGAUGAGUCCGAUACACCACUCUACACGAUCAUGACGACCCACUUCCUCCCUCUCCUCUCCAUUCCACGAUCCCUAUCCUCCGCGAGCCCAGACGAUGCUACCCCACCCAAACCUACACCGAUGCCCCACCAUGCCCUCAUUGUCACACACCACCUCCUCUCGCCCACAAAACGCAAGCUUCUUAUCCAGCUCUCGUCCGAACUCAAUCUCGUCGGGUUUUCAAAGACCGGCCAUCCUGGCAUCUUGUACGCCACAGGGGAUAAGGAGGAUAUUCAAGAAUGGCUGGUCCAGGUCAAAUCAUGGAACUGGCUCGCUCUGAAAGUCAGGAUUGCGUACGCACGGACUGCCAACUCCGCAUUCCUUACCCCGGAUAAACAAUUAUCCGCCGGCUGCUCGUUGAGCUCCAGGCGAGCUGCAGACCGCUUCCUUCCUCUCUUCCCUCUCCCUCCCUUUCCUAGUACAUAUUUUGCUCGACAACAAAGACAACGUCACCACCAGCAGAUGGAGCAGGCAUAUGGUGUAGUCGGGGACCUGCCGUACGCGAUGUUCAAGCACUACGCGCGGCAUCGGAGAUUCCCUCACAUCGCGUACACCGAGCAUCACAUCGCGGUUACGCUCGAAAGCGCUGCAAGACCUUUCGACUUCUUCAACCACCCCUUCUACCCCGACUUCUUCACCUCUGAUCCCGCCGCCGAGCUGCACGCCCUCCUCUCUGGCCAUAUAGAUCCGUCAGAUCGACAUGAUCCAGUUAACGAGAAGCUGCCGGUGACUCAGGGGACUGUCGACUUUCUGCGAAAAUCAACGAAGAAGGGCAAAGGGAAAUCAUUAGCGGAGGCGGCGGCGUUCCUGAAGAGAGGGGAUGAAGUGGACCCCUACCCCAAGCGAUCACGUCCGAUCAGGACACUCCUCACCAUGAAGGCCUUAUCCGACAUCGCAGCCAGAGGUCAAACUCCCCCUCUUCCUGCCCGUCCAGCCGACCUUUCCAACUCAGACAACAAGCACCACCUCUCGUUGGACGGUGGACCGCCGGCGGAACUCAACGAUAAGCUAGAUGUCGAUACCAUCCUUGAGCUCAAACCGCGAAUGACAGCCACUCAAGCUGCGGGGCUCAUGAAUGCCAGAACUCGGAUAAUCGAGGGCAUGAGGAAGUCGAAAGAGAGGGCUGGAGCGACCGUCAAGGAUGCAGCUAUAUGGAAAGAAUGGGAUGAGGAGUACGAGAGGAGGUCAAAAAACAUACCAAGACCUAUACGCCCUCCUCUGAUGCCCCUGCUACACGAGCCGUACAUCAAGCUUCGACCUGUAUCAUCCGCCCCAGCCGCGAAAGAGGAAUGCGGAGUCACUGGAAGGGAGGAGCUACGGGAUAUGCUGGGGCUGAGUGUCGAUGAUUCCAGACCAGCAGAUGGGCGAGAGAAAGAGAUGGAGCUAUACGAUUGUAACCGGGCGAUACUCGGUCUAGAAGGCCACCUUGAGCCAAUCACGCCACUCGUCGUCCCUCAUCAUCUUCCUCCAGCCCCGCCGUGCUUCGAUAUGCGCCGUCCGAAUUUGGCCUAUCAACGGCCGAAUCACAGGGAUGAUAUGGACUGCGAUGUCGUGCAAGGAGAAGACGGCGUGUAUUAUAAAAGGUGGCCAGAUGGGAAGAUGAGGUCGUAUCAGACGGAUGUGCAGCAGGCUCGGGGGGACUUCCGGGACGUGAGAGACUUUGCUUCUCAGUACGGCCAAGAGCCUGUCUACCAAGCGCAAGCACAAGAUGACGCACAUCCCGGCGACUACCGCAGUCCACACGCCCAGUUCGACGAGCGCCCACCCGAAUACGUCUGGGCACAGUCCGGACAUUGGCGCGGGAGCCAGUCGGGCCGGGUCCGGCAUGACGGAAGCGUACCUACCAGCCGAGAGCUCUCCAGUGUCGAAGCCGCCAUCGAUAUCGCGCCGGACUACAUGAACUCGCCGGUACUUUCCGCUCUCGAUCCUAAUUCCCAUCGCCGGAACGGCGUUUCACAACCAUCGACCGGUCCGGCCGAUCCUGGUCUUGCUCUAGCGAGCAAGAAAGCCGUCAAGCGCCGCCUGAUGACCAAUGUUGACCUCAAUGCUAUAGUAGCCAAGCGAGCAAAGCUCGACGUCGUCGACCCAGCGAAAGAGACAGGCCCUACCUCUUCACACCCUCCUGCCGAGAGCGCCUUUGACAGCGCAAAAUACCUCGCCGACUUCGUCACCGCCAAUACGGGCCGCACGCGAACUCCAGCCAUAAAACCAGGUCGAGGCGCCCGCCUCACCUCUCCUGAGCUCUCGCACGAUCACCACCCCGCUGCCAAGCAAGUCCACUGGCGGCUCAACCCCCUUCUCCACAAUUCGCGGUGGUACACCCGCGCCGCGUCCCUUCCUCCCAUCCCCUCCUCCUCCGAUGAGACGCCCAUCAAGCCCGUUCUGGCCUGCAUCGGCCUUAUGCAGAACGUCCUGCUCAUCACGGCCCUCAAGAAGCAAGCAUUCGACAUUAUCGACGAAGACCGGCCGACCCUCUCUGGCGUGGACUUUGCCAUGUCAUCCACGACCGGUAUCCUCUUUCGACCUGUCCAUAACCUUCUCCACGGCGCGGGUGAUCUCCUCGAUGAUCUCGGAAUGGCGGUACAGCACUAUGCGCGGGUCAUACUUGUCUUUGAGGUCAAGUCUUACGGGAUCAGACUCCCCGAGCCAGACGUCGGGACUGGCGAAGCCGCCGUGCCAAUGGACGAUCCCGAUCCGCUCACUCCGGCCAUCUAUCGCGCUCUCGGCGAGUUCUCGGAUAAGGUGGAAGAGAUCAAGCAUCGACGUGGUGCCGAGGACGGAGGGGGAGGAGACGUCAAGGUGGUGUUUGGGAUGAAUGGUCCAGGGGAGGUGGCUAGGGUCACCAGGGCAAUGGCGGACCAUACGGAGAAGGACUGUAUGGCAGGGGAGGGAAGUGAUUGGCUGGAAGGUACCGGGGGUGAGGAAGAGAGGAUACUGGAACAUCAGUUCGGAGUCAAUCUGUAUGCGAGCCGAGCGAUCCUGGCGCGUUUCAAGCCGUUCAGUGCGUACAUGGCCAAAUGGACGGAUCAGGACGCUGUGGAUGAGCUAGGCAAGGUGAUCGGGAGGGGUGUAGCAAAAAAGCUGGUGGAUAAGCUGUUCGCAACCGAGGACGCGGCGGAUAUGCUGGGAUGA